UUGAGAUCAGAGUUUGAAAAGCUUCCUUUCCACGUAUAAACAUUUAAACAAAAUUUAUAAAAUUAUUAAAAUAAUCUAGUAAAAUGGUAAGCGUUUUACAGACAAUAGAUAGUGGUCAUGAAGACCUUAUACACGGAGCUGAAAUUGAUUAUUAUGGACUUAAUUUGGCUACUUGUUCAAGCGAUAAUUCGAUUAAGAUUUUCGACAUUAAGAACGGUGGACAACGUUUAAAAGCUGAUCUUAAAGGACAUGGAGGUCCAGUUUGGCAAUUGUCAUGGGCCCAUCCAAAGUUUGGGAAUAUUUUGGCGUCAUGUUCUUAUGACAGAAAAGUAAUUUUAUGGAAAGAAAAUAAUGGAGAAUGGACAAAAUACUAUGAAUAUAAUAAUCACGAUUCAUCGGUUAAUAGUGUUGCUUUUGCACCAUCAGAAUAUGGAUUAAUUUUAGCUUGUGGUAGUUCCGAUGGUACAAUUUCGAUUUUAACUUGCAAUACAGAAACUGGAAUGUUUGAUGUGAAGAAAAUCACUAAUGCUCAUACAAUUGGAUGUAAUGCUUUAAGCUGGUGUCCUUCAUCACUUCCUGAUGCCGCAUUUGAUCAAAGGAGCAAGCAAAAUGCAUCAACUAAUGGAACUCAGACUCAAAUUAAGCGAUUUGUAUCUGGUGGAUGUGACAAUACAGUUAAAAUUUGGAAAGAAGAUGGUGAUCGAUGGGUAGAGGAACAUAAAUUGGAAGUACAUUCUGAUUGGAUUCGUGAUGUUGCAUGGGCACCAAGUAUUGGACUUCCUUCAUCUCGAAUUGCUAGUUGCUCACAAGAUCGUCGUGUAAUCAUUUGGAAUACGGAUGAUUUAUCAACUUGGACACCUACAAUAUUGAAUACCUUUGAUGAUGUUGUAUGGAAUGUCAGUUGGUCACUUACUGGAAACAUUUUAGGUGUAUCUGGCGGUGAUAAUAAGAUUUCUUUAUGGAAAGAAAAUAACGAUGGGGUUUGGUCAUGUAUAAGCGAAGAUGCGGAAAAUGCUAAGGAACAUCAAAGGCAAAUGUGAAAGCAGCACCAACUGCGUCUUCAGGCCAUUUAAAAUUUCAUUGAUACAAUUAUAUCGUUACUGUCUAUUUGCUAAAAACUAUUAAUAAAUGAAUUUAAAAUCCA